AUGAGUGAAGCGACGAGUGAGCGAGACGACGAAGCUGAUCUCGAGGAGAACCUGGUCAGCCCUGGUGAAGGCGAUCUAGGGGCAAAUGACGAACUGGACUCGGACAACGAGGACGAAUCGUUGCUCGGUCUGGAGCCUUUGCCCUCGCUCAACAGCCUAAGUCACGGUUCAUCGCACCACGCCCUGUCAAGCAAAAGCUCACCGAUGUCUGCCAGCAGCUCAAUGAGUGAUUCCGGUAUUGGCUGUGGUGGCAAUGGGGGCUCCGCCAGUCUCGGCAUCGGCGAUCCUUCCUCGCCGACUCACGCGUCAGGCUCAGCGGGCAGCCUGGCAAAUGAUGAGAACCAGCCAGGUGGCACCAAAAGACGUGGGCCCCGAACCACCAUCAAGGCAAAACAACUGGAAACGCUUAAAUCCGCCUUUGCAAAUACUCCCAAGCCGACGAGGCACAUUCGCGAGCAGCUCGCCAGCGAAACUGGUCUCAACAUGAGAGUCAUCCAG